AUGGAUACCCAAACCUGCGACAAAGCACGCCAGUCUUUUAUUGAUGCAGGAGCUUUACUGAGCAAAAUAUACAAUUUUCCACAAACAAUUACGGUAGCUGCAGAAUUUGCAGAUUUAUGCACAACUUUAGGGGGGUGCACUACGGAUAGAACUAUUGUUGGUGCAGCAGCCCCAUCACGUUUCUUCUCAAUGACGGGCGAAGACGGUGCAGUUCGAAUCUAUCCUCAAAUAUUAACAAAGUUUGCCAACCCGACAAGUGCAGUACCUUUUGAUACACACGAUAUAAUAGCCUCAUUCAACAGCAAAUUAGCACCGUACUUUUUCUUCUCAGGAGAUACAGACAUUACACCAAAACAAGUCGACUUUGUUGGUGUCGUAGCACACGAAUUUCAUCACGGGCUGGGUUUUCUUUCAUCAUGGAGACCAUCUGGUGUCGACAACGUGGUAACUCCAUUAAUCCAUGUCGAUGGAUCAAAUAAAUUGCGCGUACGCGAAACCAUCUUUGAUCAAUUUAUAAUUCGAACCGCGGAUGGUAAACCGCUAACAGAAUUUACAGCAAAAUUUGAACAAGCUAUUGACGGACAAACAUAUACCACCGAUGCGGCACUAGCUAGCACUAUUGAAAUGGUUGCGACUGAUAAUCUUAUAACGACUGCGACAGACUAUAUUACCCCAAAUGCAAUUGGGUUUUUGCCGAAAGGAAAAACAAAUAUAAUAGAUGCUGUAAUACUAGAGACUGCUCUCAACCCAUUUGCUGUUGGUUCUACUGGAUCACACGUAGACUUUACAACGUAUUCUAACUCGCCAGACUGGUUGAUGGUAUACAACGUAAUACAAGGAAAGACGUUUCAACAAAUUGAUCAAGAUAAUGGAGCAGCGACUCCUGAUACAAUCGUUGGACCUAAUAUAAAGGCGAUUAUGGAAUCAAUGGGACUUCCUACCCCCGAUAACCCAAAUCCAUUUGUUCCGACGAUAGUAAACGAAGAACCAAUCUCGAACGAGAACUGA